AUGUCUGAUCUAGCUGGUCUCAAUGAUGUUACGGACCAUACUCCUCCACGCGUGACAAUUGGUGGCAGUAGAGUUGGGAAUCUCCACCCAUGCUCUUCUCCGGCGACGGAGGCCAAAAAUCCAAGGUUCGAGACGCGCUUCCAUGUCCUGAUGACCGUUGUCCAGUUUCGUAUUGAGAUGCUCUCCGAUUCGACGCCUCCAGGUCGCCUGCGGCGUCCGAUCGAUUGCAGCAUAGCAAAGCUUGUGUGGCGGACGACGAAAAAAAUUCCCAAACCACCUCAAUCGUCUUCCUUGGAUGGGCUGGAAUAUCCUUGCGAUACUGUCGCAGCGAGUGCGGACCAUCCCAUUUGA